UUAUCGAGGAGUCACCGUGGCGGACUGACCGCUGAGAGUUACUUUCGCGUUGGAUUUGCGGUGUCGUCGCGCUUUAUACUAAACCGCGGCAGCUUCCGUCGAUGAAAAUUUUCUAACUUCGGAUUUCAUGGAAAGCAACACGGAUUAUUUUGAGUGUUGUUAUAAUGCCAACUAAAACACCGAUGGAGGAACCGAUAGAACUCGAAGAUGGUGGCCAAAGUGACCUUGACCUUGAGAAGGAGAGAACGGAUGAUGACCUUGAACUUGACCUUGAUGAUGCUGAAAUGCAAGAGCGCAACAGCGGGGACGAUGAAGAACUCUCAGAGGAUGACGACGAUCCGGACUUCAUUACAGAGAGUGAUGGCUCGGAUAAAAAGCCGGUACCCGGGAGGAAACGGAAACGUGGUCGGCGUAAGGAUGACGAAAAGCAGGAUCCGAACGAACCGAGGGUGCCUAAAAAACGCGGACCAAAAAAGAAACGAAUGACGAAAGCGCGAGUUCAAAAACUAAAGGUCAGGCGCACGAAGGCGAAUGCUCGGGAACGGAAUCGCAUGCACGGUCUCAACGAAGCUCUGGACGUUUUACGAAAGCAUGUCCCGUGCUAUUCCAAAACCCAAAAACUUUCAAAAAUAGAAACGUUGCGUCUUGCCAGUAAUUAUAUUUGUUCAAUGUCGGAGAUUCUGAAGCAAGGUAUCAAACCUGAUGGCGUGUCAUUCGCGAAGUCGCUCUCCCGCGGGUUGUCGCAGAACACUAUGAACUUGGUUGCGGGUUGUUUGCAGUUAAACCCGCGGACUUUACUUCCAGAGAACCAGCUGGGGAAGCCUUACAUGAAUCAGUUCAGCAUGUGCCAACUCGGACAAGGCCCCGGUAUAUCGCCGAUCAGUUUUCCCUCCAUCAUGCCCCUCCAAGGCUAUGGGAUGCAAAGUUCUAAUCAGCAACCUUUGCUUUCUGACCCACCAUGUACGCAGCCUAUGCACUUCCUCAAUAUUACGUCAUCAGGCGGCCAUGACGCCAACACAAACGUCAUGCAGUAUACAUCAAACAUGAACAAUAGUUUCCUUAGAAACACGAGCCCACUUCAUGCAGACAACCGCGAAGCAGAUCUUCCUACAGGAACAAUGACAACUUCAAAUUUCUCAUACUUUUCUAGUCACAUGAAAAACGAAAUGUUCAUGCAUAAAGUUGAUCAUGCGCAUGCGCCUCACUAUGGCAACCACAUAAACGAUGGCAUGAUGGAAGCAGGUGCUGAAGAAAUCCUUCUUGAAAACCUGGACAGUUUUGCUUCAAACAAUGUCAUUGAAAACGAACUGCCGCUGCUUCCAGCUUCUGCGAACUUUUUUGAUGACGCAUUAUGACGCACUGAUGACGCGUCCAGUGCUCCAUUAGACUCUACAGGACAUUCUGCUGAAGGGAAAAUAAAGGCUAGGGAUGGCUGGGGGACGUAGAUAUCAUCAGAAGUAGUGAUACCUUCGCAAUCAAAAUGUGCUAAAUAUCUCACCACAGUCAUAGCCACUAGAAACAACUAAUAACGAGGCGGAUAGUCCAGCUAACCUCGACCCUAUCCGCCGCGCAGCGGAGGGUCGAAGAGGCCUCGUUGAUUUACCCGAGGCGAGCCGUGCAUACAGUGGAUGCACUGUCAAUACCGAGCAUACUGGUAUUCCUUGGCUCGAGGUUGUCCGUCUUUGUUAGAAACAAGGGACCGGACACCGGAAGCUUACGUCCCCAAAUCGAGUUCAUGACGAGUGAAUUGCCGUCAAGUACCAGUCUCUGUAAUACGCCCCCCCCCCCCCUCCCCUUAGGACGGGGCGCGUAAGCUAUACACGUGGGGAAAUAUUUUACUUAUUUGGUCAAUCCAAUCCAUAUACCAAGAAAGAUUUUUUCUUGUGGCACUUUUGAUUUCAAAAUGGCGCUGAUUUUGCGGGGUAGUUACUAAUCUCGUCACCAACCAUCUCGCACACUCGUCACCAGGUAGCUCCUCGGAGUCUCAUAUGUGAUUGCCGUUGGUUGGCUGUUGGCCCUAGCUAUUUAAUUAUUAAAUUCAUUUAAAUUUUUGAACCACCCCCGAUAUAAAAUGCCAACAUAACUAGAAAAAUAAUUUGUAUUUAGCAGCGUUUCACAAGCAAAAUCAUAAUCAUAAUCCAAACGCCGAUUGCGCGAGCAAAUUGGCCAGAGCUCCAUGAAUGACCGAAUUUUCGCACCCUAGCGGACAACGAACAAAUUACGGUCUGUGGAGAGAGUAAUAAUACUAUCCUGUCGAGCAUCAUUGAACCAAUUUGCCAUGAUUGGAACAAACAAAUAUGAACUACUUUUAAAAACUGGAGGGAAGGAAUGGUGAACAAUCUGCCUGGCUGCAAGGCCAAAAUGGGGGGUGCGGGGGGUGUCCCCCCGAACUAUAUAUAACAGUGACUUACACUCACGAAGGACAAUGUAUUACCAAAACACCCCUAGCGCACUAAGUCCUUGACUUUUCAAAUUAAGUGAAUGGAGCAGACAGGUGAAAGAUUCUACAAGGCGGAGUGAUAAUGAUGAGGUUAAGCUAAACUUCACGACUCCGAUAUUGUAGCAGGAGCAGUGCAGUUCUUCGACCUCACUGAAUUGGAGAAAUGUUCAAAUCGAUGAACCAAAAUAUCUUUGUUCACAGUAACAACUUUGGAAUUGUCAUUUGGGACACUGAUGAGAAGUCAUGUCAUGAUGACAAAAAUCUCUUCAGAUUUUUUUUCUUAUUACGGCAGGCCCAUGAGGCCAUAGUGUGGAAAAGAUGUGCAGGCCUCGGGCACACGAUAGAUAAAAAACGAUGCUAUGCAAGAAGCAAACGUGCGAUAUAGACUUAUUUUGAGAUACAUGUUGUUGUAGAAUGAUGUCAGUGGCUUUUCACUCGUAUUAUCUUAUCAUUUACAGCUACUUCGCAGUAAGUAAAGCAAAAUCGACAUAACUAACGGCAAUUAUUAUAAUGUAUAUACCAAUCAAAACAAAUCUGCAAUAAAUAAAUGUUUGUGCAAUGAUCUUUUCCAACCAACAUCCACAGCAAACUACGGUUAUAUCUUUGAAAGAAGACAAUCAACAAAGGCUUAUAAAAAUCGCCCCUUACUGCUACAUUUAUUUUAGAUUCCUAUUCAGAUGAAAUAUCUUUAGAGUAGUUUUGAUAUUGUUUAAUAUGGACGUCACACAUGGGGUGACAUCAGCUGAGGGAGUGUAAAAACAUUAUACUGAUUAUAAUUUAUACUAAUUUAAUGAUAAUUUAUGUAAUCAUCGUAAUAUAUUAUGCAAAUAGAGUUCCUUCCAAUGAGUAACGAGUAUUUUCUAUGUAUAAGUCCGCAAUUUUCAUAUUUGUCCACUGCUAAGAACAUUCGUAUUCAUAUUUUGGGAGAGAACAAAU